UCAAUGGAGAUCCUAAACCAUUCUUUUCACCUCCACUCUUUUUGCCAAAGAAUAUUAUUUUCAAAGCUUGCUACAUAGUUUAUUUAGUUUGGGUUCAAGCCAAAUCACCCAACAACAUCAACAAUGAGACCCUUCUGCCUCGUUCUUCUUGUCUUCACCAUGAUGUUCUUCAUCACACACACAACUCUUGUUCACUGCAGGCCACUCCAAGCGGUCAAGAAUGAAGAAACCAGCCAUGAAGCUGUUGGUCGGGUUGAGUUCAUCGGAAAAUCCUCGUCUGAAGUGGAUAACACUGGCCGGGUUUUGUCUGCGACAGGGGAUGGAGCUUUUACUUCGACAGCAGGACCUAGCCCGAAAGGCCCAGGCCAUUAGUAAUCUUUUCUAUUGUCAUAUAUAUAUGUAAGUUGUAUAUUUUAGCUACAAUAUACAUAGAUCACAAUGAGUUCAGUGUAGAGAAAUUUCUUAAUUCUGUCUUGUGAAAUUAUCUACCUGGAUUUGGAUGCAAAUUUCAAAUUGUAAAUUGUUCAAAGAAAUUUUACAUAUUAGA